GCACUUGUCCUCUUCACCCCGGCCAACACCACUACUCUAGCUAGUUUUGUUCAUGGCAGCUCCCGUAUAGAUCUCUCUCUCAGUCAACUCAAAUAAUCCUCUUUUCCCCAACUCUUCGAUAGCUUUUAAGUACCCUCAUUAUCGGUCUCUCCAUCCCUCCACCUUGGUUACUCUGACAAACCCGGCCCUCACCAUUUGUCUCUCUAAGUGACUGUCGUUUCUGACACCUCCCAAAGCUAACAAUGUCUAGCAGAAGAUCCCGUUCCAGGCAGCAGACAGGUGCUUCCAGGAAUAUCACUGAUGAGCAGAUCGCCGAUCUUGUUUCUAAGUUACAGCAACUUAUCCCUGAGAUCCGCAAUAGGCGCUCUGACACGGUAUCGGCUUCCAAGGUUUUGCAGGAGACUUGCAACUAUAUCAGAAGCUUACACAGAGAAGUGGAUGACCUAAGCGACCGCUUGUCCGGCCUUUUGGCUACAACAGACACUGACAGUGCUCAAGCGGCCAUUAUCAGGAGUUUACUUUCGCAAUAGAGACCGUACUAGCUAGUACUUUAUCAUUCUCUGCACCAGCUUUAUCAUGUUCCUAUCAGCUUAAUCUUUCUCUGUAGCGCCUAGGCCGGCCCGGACAAUGUGUCAACAUGGGGAGGCUAGCGCCAUGCUAGAUCCCCUUAAUUUUCAAAAAGAAAUGUAGUAACUACGUACUUUAUAUAAUAAAAAGAACUUCUAUCUAGUGUU